AUGUCGACGAUGGAACAGUCUAAUAAGGAGCAUCGUCAAAGAAAGGAGAAGAAUACGGCAAAGAAGAAGCUGCAUACGCAGGGUCAUAAUGCUAAGGCCUUCGCAGUUGCCGCUCCUGGUAAGAUGGCUAGGACCAUGCAGAGGUCCAGCGAUGUGAAUGAGAGGAAAUUGCACGUCCCCAUGGUAGAUCGUACACCUGAAGAUGACCCCCCACCAGUUAUCGUAGCCGUUGUAGGGCCUCCUGGUACUGGUAAAACUGUUCUAAUCAGAUCGUUAGUUAGGAGACUUACUAAGACCGCAUUGAGUGAGCUGAACGGUCCUAUCACAGUUGUUUCCGGUAAACGUAGAAGGCUAACGUUUAUAGAGUGUCCAGCGGAUGAUUUAAAUGCGAUGAUGGAUUUGGCUAAGAUUGCAGAUUUAGUAUUAAUGAUGAUAGACGGUAAUUUUGGGUUUGAGAUGGAAACGAUGGAAUUUCUGAAUAUCGCUCAGCAACAUGGUAUGCCUCGUGUGCUUGGUGUUGUAACCCAUUUGGAUCUUUUCAAAUCGCAGUCUACUAUGAGAGCUGCUAAGAAAAGAUUAAAGCAUAGAUUUUGGACUGAAGUUUAUCAAGGUGCUAAACUUUUCUACUUAUCAGGUGUGGUUAACGGUAGGUACCCAGACCGUGAAAUAUUGAAUUUGUCCAGAUUUAUUUCAGUUAUGAAAUUUAGACCUUUGAAAUGGAGGAAUGAGCAUCCAUAUAUGUUAGCAGACCGUAUAACGGAUUUAACCCACCCUGAAAUAAUCCACUCUCAAGGUACAAAAGUGGAUCGUAAAGUUGCAUUAUAUGGAUAUUUGCAUGGUACAGCCCUGCCGGCAGACCCAGGUACUAAGGUUCACAUUGCAGGUGUAGGUGAUUUAUCAAUAGGGCAAGUGGAGAAAUUGCCAGAUCCAUGUCCUACACCUUACUAUCAACAGAAGAUUGAUGAAUACGAAAGGGAGAAAUUGAAAAGUGAAGGUGGUACAACUGGAACUACAACUAGAAGGCGUAAGAGAUUGGACGACAAGGAUAAGUUGAUUUAUGCCCCCAUGUCUGAUGUAGGCGGUGUGUUAAUGGAUAAAGACGCAGUCUAUAUUGAUGUCGGUAAGAAGAAUGAAGGCCCUAGUUUUGUACCAGGUCAAGAGAAAGGUGAAGGUGAAAGGCUCGUUACAAGUCUACAAUCAGCGGAUAAAAAUUACGCGGAGAGAUUCGACGGUGUUGGAUUACAGCUUUUCUCAAAUGGUACUGAAUACCAUGCGCCGGAAGAGGGUUCUAGCGAUGAAGAUGCUGAUGCUGAUGAGUCUGACAAAGAAGUUGCGGACAGCGGUAGAUCAUCUUUGAGACAUGCUAAGACACAUGGUAAAUCCGUCCAAGAUGUAGAUAGAGAAGUGGACGAAUUACCAAGUGAUGAGGAUGAGGAAGAUAUGGAAGAAGGUUCAGAGGAUGAAAUGCCAAAAUCUAGAUUGGAAGAAAUCGAUUUCGAUCGUGAUUUAGAAGGUGAUGGACAUAGUGAAAAAUUGGCCAUGGAAUCAGAUUCGGAAUUCGAGUUAAGUGAACCUGAAGGCGAAAGCUGGGAAGUUUCUACCGCUAGUAAACUCAAGGGAAGUCAGAAUCGUCGGAGGAAGUGGGAUAUUGGUAAAUUGAUCUACAUGGAUAAUAUUCCACCAAGAGAGUGUUUAAAAAGAUGGAGAAAUGAAGAUGUAGGUGACGAAGAAGAAGAAGGAAGCGAUAUCGAACAAGACGAAGGUGAAGGUUUCUUCAAGAAGAACGAUGGUUCUUUUUCCAAGGCGCAUGAUUAUGAAGGUGAUCUAGAAAGGUUUUCUCCAUAUUUUGACAAGAUUGAAAAAUUGAUGGAAAAAUGGUCCUCUCUCGACUCUUUGAAAGAUAGAUUCAUUGGUGUACCUAAGCCAGAGGACUCAAAAGAGGAUGGAGUUUCUGAUGAAGAGGGUAAAGAUGAAGAAGUCUAUGGAGAUUUUGAAGACUUGGAAGGUCAAGAAGAACAACCAUCUGAAAGUGAUGGAGAUGAAGGAGAACAUGACAGUGAAGAAGACAGCGAGGACAAUGAGUCUCAGGGUGGAGAUCCUUCAGAAAACGAAAGCGAAGAUUCAUUUGCUGAUUUUGAAAAGGAAGAGCAGAAAGAUAAUGGAGGUCAAAACAACAAUCUUUCCGUUGAAGAAGAGCGUCAGCAAAAUAUGGCUAAGAAGGAGAAGCUGCGUUUUCAAUUUGAAAUGGAAGAAGGUGACAACUUCAAAGAGGAUGAUCCAGAGAAUGAAUAUGACACCUGGUAUGAGCUUCAAAAGGCUAAAAUUGCUAAGCAAUUAGAGAUUAACAAUGCGGAAUUGGAGAACAUGCCAGUUGAACAACGUCACAGGUUUGAAGGUUAUAAGGCUGGUUCUUACGUUAGGAUUGUAUUCGAAAAUGUACCAAUGGAAUUCAUCGAGAAUUUCGAUUCGAGAGUCCCUAUCAUCAUGGGUGGCUUGCUACCUACGGAAUUGAAAUUUGGCAUUAUUAACGCCAGAAUUAGAAGACACCGUUGGCACAGAAAGAUCUUAAAAACUAAUGAUCCAUUAGUCUUGUCCCUGGGCUGGAGAAGAUUCCAAACUUUACCCGUUUACACGACGACGGACUCGAGAACAAGAAAUAGAAUGUUAAAGUAUACUCCAGAACAUACUUACUGUUUCGCCAGUUUCUAUGGACCCCUCUGCUCUCCUAAUACACCUUUCUGUGGUGUUCAAGUGGUCGCCAACAGUGAAACUGGAGGUGGUUUUAGAAUCGCUGCCACUGGUAUGGUUGAGGAAAUUGAUGCCAAUGUAGAAAUUGUGAAGAAAUUAAAACUUGUUGGUUUCCCAAGUAAAGUAUUCAAGAAUACUGCUUUCAUCAAGGACAUGUUUUCCAGUGCCAUGGAAAUUGCCCGGUUCGAAGGUGCCCAGAUCAAGACCGUCUCUGGUAUUCGUGGUGAGAUCAAAAGGGCACUGUCUAAGCCAGAAGGUCAUUUUAGAGCUACUUUCGAAGAUAAAAUUCUCAUGAGUGAUAUUGUGAUUUUAAGAUCAUGGUAUCCCGUUCAUGUUAAGAGGUUUUACAAUCCAGUGACUUCGUUAUUAUUGAAAUCAAAGAAUGAAUGGAAGGGUAUGAGACUCACUGGUAAGAUUAGAGCCGAUCAAGGAAUUGAAACACCAGCUAACCCAGAUAGUAAUUACCAGAAAGUGGAACGUGUAGAGAGGAAAUUUAAUGGUCUCAAGGUGCCUAAGGCAAUUCAAAAGGACUUACCUUUCAAGUCUCAAGUUCAUCAAAUGAAGCCGCAAAAGAAGAAAACUUACAUGGCUAAAAGAGCUGUGGUUCUCGGUGGAGAAGAAAAGAAGGCACGUACAUUGAUGCAACAGGUUUACACGCUCUCGAGAAGUAAAGAUGAAAAGAAGAAGGCCAAGAAACAGGAUGAACGUAAGGAAAGGUUGAAAAGAUUGGCUAAAGCUGAAGAAGAAAAAGUCCAAAGAGACAAGAGGAAGAAGAAAGAGUAUUUCACAACUCAAGGUAAGAAAAGAUCUGGUGGAGAAACUGAAGGCGGUAGUUCAAAGAAGAGGAAAUAA